UCUGACUUUUCGGAGAUUUGCUUGCUGCUACUAAGAAUAACCAGAGCCUCUGAACUCUCUCUUCUCAAGUCUCACAGCCAACUCGGACAAUGGAAACAGCUAAGAAGCUUGUGAGUAGUUAGCUUCACUCACUCUUCCAGAAGCUCUGCCAUGUCUUGCUGAUUCCUCCUCACAGAUAUGGAAUUGUUUCAAGUGCUCCUUGAUCAACACCAUGCAUUUCAUUGCAUCCAUCACUACAAAGAAUGAUGCUGUUGAAAAUGGAUCUAGUCUUUGCAGUUUUGGUCUUGGCUUGCUUACAGUCUUUUGUAUUGCCUGAUUCACAGGGUGAUGAAUGUUGGCAUUUUCGGUUUCAGGAGAAGCACUGUUUUCAUUGCGGAAAUCUUUGAAUAGUUCACCCAAUCAGCUCAAGGACUGGAACCCCUACCAACUCAAUCCAUGCGGUUGGCUCAAUGUGCAGUGUGACCCUAACAAUAAUGUCGUUUCUGUAACAUUGGCAAAUAUUGGAUUUUCUGGCAUCUUGUCUCCGGAAUUAGGAGCCUUGAAAAAUCUUCAAAAACUUUCAUUACAAGGAAAUGGCAUAACUGGCGAGAUACCAAAAGAGUUUGGAAAUCUGACAAGUUUGUCCACCUUGAAUUUAGAAAACAAUAAUUUAACUGGUGAAAUACCAGCCUCACUUGGCAAUCUGAAAAGUCUUCAAUUCUUGACUUUGAAUAACAAUAAUCUGAGUGGUACCAUCCCAGAGUCACUUUCAAGUCUUUCAAACUUGAUUAGUCUGAAUUUGAAUAACAAUAAUCUGAGUGGUACAAUCCCAGAGUCACUUUCAAGUCUUUCAAACUUGAUUAAUCUUCAGCUUGCCUCUAAUGCUCUCAUGGGUCAAAUACCCAAGCAGCUGUUUAGCGUCAAAACAUACAAUUUUACAGGAAACCACCUAAACUGUGGCGUGAUUCUCCCUCACCAUUGUGUAUCUGAUAUUUAUGGUUCAGGCGCUAAAAGUAAGCCGAAGCUUGGAAUCAUAGUUGGACUUGUUGUGGGGCUUAUCAUUUUAUUAUUACUUGGCGGUUUACUGUACUUCACCUGCAAGCGUAGACACAAAGGCUUCAAGCAUGAAGUUUUUGAGGAUGUUGCAGGUGACCAAAGAAUUGCAUUUGGCCAGUUAAUAAGAUUUUCAUGGAGGGAACUGCAGCUAGCAACAGACAACUUCAGUGAGAAACAUGUUCUAGGACAGGGAGGUUUUGGAAAAGUCUAUAAAGGAGUGCUAUCUGAUAACACAGAAGUUGCUGUUAAGCGUCUCACUGAUUACGAGAGACCUGGGGGUGAUGCAGCUUUCCGGCGCGAAGUUGAAAUGAUAAGUGUAGCUGUUCACAGGAAUUUAUUAAGACUGAUCGGAUUUUGCACAACUCCAGCAGAACGCCUUCUUGUGUAUCCCUUUAUGCAGAAUUUAAGUGUUGCCGAUCGGUUGCGAGAGAUUAAACCUGGUGAGCCUGUCUUAGAUUGGCCUACAAGAAGGCAGGUGGCAUUAGGCACAGCCUGUGGGUUAGAGUACCUGCACGAACAUUGUAAUCCUAAGAUUAUUCAUCGAGAUGUUAAGGCUGCUAAUGUAUUACUUGAUGAAGAUUUUGAAGCAGUUGUUGGCGACUUUGGCUUGGCAAAGUUGGUGGAUGUUAGAAAGACUAAUGUGACAACUGAAGUUCGUGGCACAUUGGGUCACAUAGCACCUGAAUAUUUGUCCACUGGGAAGUCAUCAGAAAAGACGGAUGUUUUUGGCUAUGGGAUUAUGCUUUUAGAACUUGUAACAGGACAACGGACGGUUGAUUUUUCACGCUUUGACGAAGAUGAUGAUCUUUUUUUGCUUGACCAUGUCAAAAAGCUGGAAAGGGAAAAGAGACUGGAUGCUAUUGUAGACAGAAAUUUGAAUGAUAGUUUCAACGUCCAAGAGGUAGAAAUGAUGAUCAAAGUUGCGCUUCUUUGUACGCAAGGAUCCCCUGAAGACCGCCCAUUAAUGUCGGAGGUGGUACGGAUGCUACAAGGGGAUGGUCUGGCCGAGCGCUGGGAAGAAUGGCAGAAUGUUGAGGUUACUCGUAGGCAACAGCAUGAAAGACUACAAAGGAGAUUUAACCAAGGAGAAGAUUCUGUAUAUAAUCAGGAUGCUAUUAAGUUAUUUGGUGAACGUUGAGGUAAUUAGUAAUUUUGUACUCGUUUCCUCUUACACCGUCUGCAUGUAGUAUUGUUUUUGGUAGUUUAGCUCGGUUAAACCCUGAAUUAAGCAUAUCUGUAUUUCCAAUUCAAAAUAAAACUACAUGUUGUAAAUAUUUAUGUCUAUGUGGCCGUCCGCAUUAGUAACCAAUUAUGUAGUUAAUCUCUUAUUGAUCAUUUAUGUAAUUAGAGGCACUUGGGCUUCUCUUCCAAGUUACUCUUACCCUAUAUAAAGGGGUCUCAUGAAUCACGAUAAUAUAAGGAUGCACUCGUAUUUCUCCUCCCAA